AUGCCUUUGACCCCGAUAAAGCCUAGCGAGCGCAUCGACUCGUGGCGACAGCGUGUGCCCAGUCGUCUGGAGCGACGAGAUCCGUUUGAGGGCGAUGGUUUUGAGGAGCGUCCUUCAACCCGUCUUACCUUCCGUGAGGCAUCUCCUCCUGCGCGUCGUCCAUCAACCCGCCUCAGCUUCUUCCGCGCCGCCACGCCUCUCUUUGGGCGCCCUUCCACCUCAGAGUCUAGCCGCCCAUCCUCGGGUCUUGUAAGCCGUCCCGUUGAGACUAAGCGCAAGAGACUUUUGGGGAUUUUCAACGGCAAGCGCAAGCGUAGAGACUCGGAGGUGGAGAGUAUCCCGCGGCAACCUAUCCACCUAAACUUUUUGUUUGUGGGUAGCAAGUCUGCAGGACAGACAUCUUUGCUAUUCCGUGCUCGCUAUGGCUAUUUUCCUGAUGCAACUAACAUGCCACAGUCUGACGCCUUUUCUCGGCCUUUGUAUGAAACCUAUGAUACCUCGGGCGUACCAGACCUAAACACGGUCGAGAGGUUGACGUAUAUUUCUUGGGACGCUGUGUUUCUCUGUUUCAACAUCUCGGACAAGGUGUCCAUGUACACUAUCAUGCAAUGGUGGUACCACGCAUCUCACGAUGCAUUUGCAAAGACCGAGACUUUUCAGCCGUUGCUGUAUCUUGUUGGUUUGAAGAAGGAUCUGCGUGAUCAGUGCUUCCUCGAGGACCACCGAACUGGUUCUGCGCUUUCGCCUUCGGGGCUAAUGGCUUAUCCGACAUGUUGUGUCUGUUCCUCCGAGGCAAACUGGCAAGCGAGGCGCAUUGGUGCCCAUCGAUACCUUGAGUGUUCAGCUGCCACUGGUCAAGGCAUGAGAGAGGUUUUUGAAGAUUCGACCCUAGAGGCGGCGAGACGUGCUCUUGGGGAGGAUAUCCAGGAAGAAGAGAGUACUGUGCCCAAGAAGAGACGACGAUUCUUUUGA